AUGGGGAAAGCUAUUGCGAAAGUUUUUCCAAAUUCUGGUCAUCGAUUGUGUUCAUGGCACAUUGGGAGAAAUUCGAUGAAGUAUUUAGUAGAUUUGAAGAGCAAAGAAGGCUUCCUAGGUGACUACAACAACUGGUUACACCGUAGUGCAUCAAUUGAAGCAUUUGAGAGUAAAUGGGGUGAACUUAAAGUAACAUACAACAUUGAUGAUAAACAUUGGUUGAGUAAAAUGUAUGAAAUUCGACACAAAUGGUUUUUUCUAUAUUGGCAAAAUAUAUUCACAGCUGGAAUGACAUCUACACAACGCAGUGAAAGUAUUAACUCAUUUUUUGAUGGCUUUGUUAAUUCACAAACUCCAUUGGAUGAGUUUGUUAUGCAGUAUGAUAAGGCAUUGUGUGCUCGACAAAAUGAUGAAGAAAAUGAAGACUUCAAGACUUUAAACUCUAUGCCUAACUUUCAUACAAGUCAUCCAAUUGAGAGACAUGCAGGAGAAGUGUAUACAAGAACUGUGUUCAAUAUUUUCCAAGCAGAAUUGCGAGAGAGUGAUAGUAUGCUAGCUGAACGCAUUCGUGAUGGGACUAAUCAUGGCAAAUAUAAAAUUUGCAAUCACAUUGUUAUAUUUAGGAAAGAUGGCAUUGAAGAUGGGGAGCCUAUAGCUACAUGUUCUUGUAAGAAGUUUGAGACUGAGGGUGUGUUGUGUUGUCAUAUAUUGAAAAUAUUUAAAAAAAAAGAGGUUGCAAAGAUUCCCAAAAAGUAUAUUCUUCAUCGUUGGAGUAUGGUUGCAAGAUAUCGGUCGAACGUUAUGAUGGUUGAUACAAGUAACAAUGCUUUGACACCCUUGAUGAAGUGGAGUGCACAAAAUAUGUGUUUUCGUAUGCACAGUCUAUAUCAUCCUUAG